AUGGUGUCGCUGAAGGCAUUAGCCUUCGCCAUUCUAGCCUCUCGGGCAAAGGCGCUUCUGGAGGCUACAGAGACUACGAGCCAGUAUAUCCUACGAAAUGAUGACUUGUCGGUGGCCGUGAGCAAAAGUAACGGGGCAGUCUCUCAGCUUUCACUGGGAAAACAGGACUUAAUAGGUGCGGGAAGUGGGAGAGGGCCAUAUCUGGAUUGUUCUUGUAUUCCUAGCGGAUUCUGGACCCCAGGUGGCACCGCUCGAUUCAAGCUCAUAAAGGGUACCGACUCGACCGGAACACCGUAUGGCGGUGUUGUGAUGAGCGAUACAUAUGCGUCCACCAACCAGACAUUAGAGCAGUACUGGUUCUUGCGAGAAGGCGAAACUGGUUUACAUAUGUUCUCCCGAGUCACUUAUUUCAACCAGAAGACGCCUUUCCUCCGAGGACUUGGCGAGCUACGCACGCUCUUCAGGCCGAGCACAAAGUUAUGGACUCACCUCUCCGGAAGCGAGGGCAACUGGGCACCGAUUCCAUCUGCUGAUGCUGCUGGGAAAGCCAUCACCGUACAGGACGCAACGACUUACCUUGGCAACUCGACGAAUGAUCCCUAUGUGAAGCAAUACUCGGAUUACUUUACGAAAUACACCUUUGCAGAGGUUUGGCGUGAUCAUGAUGUUCAUGGACAGUACUCAGAUGGAUCGACUAGUUCCGACGGAAACACAUACGGUGCUUGGCUAGUUCACAACACUAGGGAGACAUAUUACGGGGGUCCAUUGCACUCCGAUCUAGUUGUAGACGGUAUAGUUUACAACUACUUGGUGGCUGGUCAUCACGGCGCGCCGGUUCCUAACAUCACCCAUGGCUUUGAUCGCACCUGGGGACCGCAGUAUUACCAUUUCAACAAGGGUGGGCCGAAGACAACCCUCGCUGAACUAAGAGCCGAUGCGGCGCAAUAUGCAAAUCCGGAAUGGAACAGCGAGUUCUAUGAUAGCAUUGCCCAGUACGUACCCAACUACGCGCCAUCAUCUAAGCGAACUACGUUCAAGGCGACGAUCGAAUUGCCUGCAGGCGCAAAGCGGCCCCUUGCUGUUCUCGCCGAAAAUAAGCGAGACUUCCAACUGAAUGUUUUUGACCAGUCUAGUCUGCAGUACUGGGCAGAUAUAAAUCCUAAUACUGGAGUAGUGGAGAUCCCUAGAGUGAAAGAAGGCACUUACAGGCUAACUGUGUAUGCCGAUGGGAUCUUUGGGUGGUUCAUCCAGGACGACGUCAAAGUCUCAAAAUCCGGGAACAGCACUCCGUUCAAGUUUCAAUGGAAACCCGAAAGUGCAGGUAAAGAAAUCUGGCGAAUCGGUAUACCGGACAAGUCAGCUGGUGAAUACAAGCACGGCUACGCACCAGACACAUCAAAGCCUCUGCAGCCCGAGCAAUACCGCGUGUACUGGGCAAACUGGGAUUUCCCAACCGACUUCCCGGACGGAGUUCGAUUCAAGAUCGGAGAGAGCAAGGAGGCCGAAGACUUCAAUUACAUCCACUGGAGUGUCUUCCCCGGAAAAUCCAACUUCUUCCGCUCGCAGCCAUACUACGAAAACGUGAACAAUUGGACCGUCCAGUUCAAUCUCACCGGCAAUCAGCUAGCUGGCGCUAAGAAGGCGACACUCACGAUCGACCUCGCGGGCGUGAAAACGGCUAACGGGAAUAGUAAGUGGGCAGAUCUUCCAAAUGAGAAGUACUCCAAUGUACCGUACACCGUAGCCGCAAACGGCCGGGAUGUGGAGACGUGGAUCAUACCGUCGUACCGUAGCGGCUCUUGUGGAGUGCGGAGUAGCGUUGUUUGUCAGAACUUUGGGAAGAAGUUUGAAUUUUCGACGGGGUUAUUAAAGGAGGGUGUCAAUGAGCUUGUCUUGAGUUUACCGUUUAAUGCGACGAAUACGGAGACGGCUUUGUUGCCGGGGACGAUAUACUUGCAAUAUGACGCACUUAGAUUCGAGUUGAGUUAG